GAGUUCACCGAUAAAGAAAUUUGCUGAGUGACGUGAUAUCACUGUCAAAUUUAUGUUAACAAUAUGUGCAUUAGAAAAUUCAGUGUUUUUACAUCUAUUACAUAGAGAAUUAGAGUCCAAGUUGUGCACUUGCAUUUGUUCCUUUAGCUGAAUAAAACUGUGCCGUCACACAUCCAUAUAAACAACUUCGAAUCUUCUUAUUUUAGUUAAAGGCUUAAAGCGGACUAAACGAAAGUUUCUGAAAGCCAAACUAAAAAAAACGCUUUGUUUUGCUUGUGCACAUCAGUAUGCAACCGCAUCGUCGCAGCGCCAGCUCACUGAUAAGGCGCAGCGAAUGGAGAGGAAAAAUGGCGGUGACCGGUGGAUUUUUUGUCAGAGACCAGGGUCCGCAAGGUUUUAGAAAUACGAGGAAUAUUAUUAGCAAGAGUGUGUCAUCAAUGGGACUUAAAAAUUACAAUACUUUGGCUGUCUCUGAGCCUUCAGAAUAUGUAUUUCAAGUGCAACUCAAUAGACCAGAAAAAUUAAAUGCCAUUAAUCAUGACAUGUGGUUAGAAAUUAAAGAAUGUUUUGACGAAUUAUCUGAAAAAGCAGAAUGCAGAGUUGUGAUUUUGUCAGCAGCUGGGAAGAUAUUUAGUGCUGGCAUAGAUUAUGUGGAUGCUAUGAAAUUAUUUCAAGAAUUCGAUGAAUCAAUGGAUGUUGCACGAAAAGCUAAAAUAUUAGCAAAAACAAUCAAGCAAUAUCAAGAUUCAUUAACUGCUAUAGACAAAUGUGUUAAACCAGUGAUUGCUGCUGCUCAUGGAGCAUGUGUUGGUGGUGCAGUGGAUAUGUUAUGUUCUACUGAUAUUCGCUAUUGUUCAUCAGAUGCUUGGUUUCAAAUUAAAGAAGUAGAUUUAGGAUUAGCUGCUGAUGUUGGUACAUUACAAAGACUGCCAAAAAUUAUUGGAUCACAAAGUUUAGUUAAAGAUCUUGCUUAUACAGCUAGGAAAAUGUUUGCACCAGAAGCACUCACAUGUGGCUUUGUGAGCGAAGUUUUACCUGAUCAUAAAAGUUUGAUGGAUAAAGCUUUGGAUGUUGCAAAACAAAUUGCUACCAAAAGUCCAGUAGCUGUACAAACUUCAAAACUUAACUUAAAUUAUUCAAGAGAUCACACUGUUGAAGAAAGUUUAAACCACAUUGGGAUGAGAAAUCAAAUGAUGCUACAAAGUGAAGACUUUAUUAAUGCAGUAACUGGAGCAGUGACUAAGAGUGACCCACCAGUUUUUUCAAAAUUGUAACAUGGAGUAUGGGAUAUCAUUUUUUAUAUACUAAAUAUUUUAUGUAAAAGAAGUUAUUUUUUUAUAAAAUACUUUGUAAUUUGUUAAUAAAAAAUAUAUGUUAUUUUCAA